AAAAUUCGCGUUCUGAUGGUAAAUGCGGUAUCAACGAGUUUCUGCUGAACUCGUUGCAACAUGCAUUAUUGGAAAUAAAUUCUUCUCAGAACAAUCUAAUGCCGAUAGAGUAAAUAGUGCUCAAAGACCUUGUGUGGCAUCGGCGCAUUCGUAUAAGUUAGACCAACUAAUUGGACUUUGUAAAAGCCACAAAUUGGCUGAUAACCCCAUUAAGCAAAAUGAAGAAAAUGCAUGUGAUUUAGGAUAUUUACAAUCGGAUGUCGGAUUGAGACUUGUGUCACAUCUCUUUUAAUUUCUUCAGCGACCAUUAAACUUAUCUCCCUAUAAAGAAUGAAAUCCUCCGUUCCAUCCCUUCUGCGGAGAAUGGUCUCCAGUUUAUUCAAAUUUCUCCUCUUCCCUUCGAGAUUUCCUGUAUAGUUUGAUCACCUACUGAAUUCAGGUCUUAUUCUUCUUCUUCGUUCUCCGAUAACUCACAAGUUCAUUCCAAAGUCUAAUACAAUGGAGAGUGAGAACACGAUCACCGAUUUGAGAACUGCAUCAUUUUCGGUUUAUCUCAACACUGCUCAAGACGCCCUCGUGAAGAAGCUUACUGAUCAGGUUCAGCUUCCAUCUUCCACCAUCAUACCAACUGAGGAGUCUCCGGUCGUCCCUGUUCGCCCAGGGAAGGUUGUGCCUAAAGACGCUGAGAUUGGGGUCUUUGGUGCUGAGAAGUACUUCAACAUGAAGAUAGAUGAUGAUGAACCUAUCAGCACUACCCCGAGACUCGUUGUCGAUGAUUAUGCGAGAAAGCUUGGGCACAAGAAGGAAAAGUGCGUUGAACCUUACUAUGCCAACUCGAAGAGGAGGUUGGGAACCCCGAGUAUUAGCUCGGAGUCGAGUUGGGGUAGCCAAACGGCUUUCCUGAGGAACUUGCAGAGGAACCUGUCCUAUAGCAGGCACAGCAACAAAGCGAGCGAUCAGGGGGGAUUCUUCGCAGGAUUCAGGUGCAACAAGUCCUGCGCUGAUCGGAAAUCGAUAUAUGUCUCCAAAAGAGUUUCCCGCCAAGAAGUAGCGACGCAGAUCAACGGUACUGUCCCGUUAGGGAGUUCUGGAAGAAAGCUCACCUCACAGUCACUUCCGCAUUCAAAUCCACGGACCGCGUUACAAUCACGGGAUGAGUUCAGCUCCCCAAGCUUUGAGAAAUUGAGAGGCGAGUCGAAGAGAAUGGAGCCCUUUGCGUUUCCGUUGCUUAUUAAUGCCCCAAAGGCAGUGGAGGAGCCAAGAAUAUCCCUAGAGGUGUUCGGCUCGCAUGCUAAAAAGAGAGCGGACAAUGUCGUGGCGAUGAACUUGGAAAGGAAGCUGUCGAUGCUUACUUGGGAUGCCAUUCCCAAGGCCAAGAUCCAUAAGAGUCCCACAAAAAUGGAAGAAGAUAUGGGGAGUGAGGCAAGCUCCGAACUAUUUGAGAUCGAGAACAUCUCCGGCACCACGACCAUUCCUCCCUCAACGUGCUACGAGCCAAGCGAAGCAAGCAUUGAAUGGAGCGUCGUGACUGCCAGUGCAGCAGAUUUUUCCGUACUCUCAGAGUAUGAUGAGAAGGAAGUCUUGGCAGACAUAAGAGGUGCAAAUAAAAUUCCUACUCUCAGUAGCAGGCCGAAUUUUACGAGAAAUUCAAAUGAGAAGGAAGUCCCCAAGAGCCGCCCGAGUGGGCUGUUGGGGUGUAAGAGUCACAAGGCGCUUCAAGUUGCUGAGACCGUGCACAAAACCAGCGAGAAGCCGAGGACCCCUCGGCCCCAUCUAAGGUUGGAAGCCGCUAUACCUUGAUAGAUUACAUGGUGAAAAGGGUCUUGUUUUCGCAGUUACAAAAGGCCUCCACACCAGGAGGACAUUAGGAACAGGACUACUGUUUCUCGGUUUCUUUUCUGCAUUUUUUCCGGUUUUGUGAUCGUGUUAAUUUAUGAUUAUCGAUGUGGUUACAAUGAUAAUUAUUAAGUUUGCUGCUAA